AUUCUGCAGUAUUCUACAUGUACGUGCAUGUAUGCAUAUUAAACUGUGGAAGCUGCUUUAUUUUCGAUAUAAGAACCAAGUUGAUGCACUAUGAGUAGCUGGACAAUCAAUGCUAAGACUCUGACUGGGAAGGUGAUUACUGUCGAAGUACCCAAUCCAGAGAGCUCCACUGUUCUUGGCCUCAAGAAACUGAUUGGACAAAAAGAUGCCUCAUUACCUCAUUAUCUUCAGCGUUUGGUCGUACAAUCUGGACGAGAAAGGGUGAAAUUGGAGGAUAACAAAACAAUAGUUGAAGCUGAUCUUUGCAAUAACUCUUCAGUCUUGUUGAUUGUGAUGUCACCUUUUGAGUUGUACAUCCAGGACAUGAACGGAAGGCAGCACACAAUAACUGUUCCUUCAUCUGAGCCAGAGCAAUAUACCAUCGCCUCACUUACUACUUUUGUUGAAGCUGAGAUUGGAUGCAGUAUAAGUGAUUAUACCUUCUCGUUUCAAGGACGACCGGUGGACGCUGUGAGACAUGGGAGGCAACUGACACUGAAGGACUGCUCCAUUAAGGCAAAGAGCAGCCUCAUCUUGAUCAAAAUGGGAUUUGUGCUCGACAUCACCAAUCCAAAGGUGGAUUUGUGUUUUAUGGUGGAUUGCACGGGAUCAAUGGGAGGUCACAUUGAAGCCGUAAAGAACAGCGUUCAGCAACUGAGAGAUCAACUGGUUGAAGAGUACAAGGGGUGUGAUCUUCGCUUCUCCUUUGUUCGCUACACUGACUAUGAUCAGCCUGAGAGUACCAGAACAACUUGGUUGAAUUUCACAACUUCAAAGAGUAGCUUCAAGUCCUUUGUGAGUGCCAUUCAUGCUGAUGGAGGUGGUGACACUCCAGAAGACAUUAUGGGUGCUCUGAAGGCUACAUUCACAAAAUUGUCUUGGAGAAGUGACUGUAGCAAGGUAUUGAUUCACAUUGCUGAUGCACCUUGCCAUGGUUCUCAAUAUUACCCUUCUGGCACUGAUGAUAACUAUCCAGCUGGAGAUCCUGCUGGGAUAUCACACUACUCAAUGAUGGCAGAGGUGGUCAAGCUCGAUCUUCAGUACUGGUUUGGCUACAUCAACAAACAGCUCACUGAUCAAAUGAUCAAAGUCUUCAAUGACUCAUUGCGAGAACAGAGUGACAAGCGAUUGCUUAUUCGGCAAUUUGAUGCAGUACAGCCAGACGAAGUCAGUCAAGCUGUUCAUAGGACUGUAUGCGACAGCAUUAUGGGAACUGAGGCUGCAAAACAAGCUGCUGUUCGCGAAUGUACUUUUGAUUCGAAUGAGCCUAACUGGUCUUCAACAACCAUCAUUGAGCUGUACGGGAAAAAAACCGCCCCAGUCCCAAACAAAGGAUUUACUGAUCUACAGGAGAAAGGCUUAUUGAUUGAACCCCCCCAGGUUGACGUAUGCUUCAAAGUUGCUCCAAAUCCUUUCACCGAAGGCACUGAGUCCCACGUCUAUUAUGGCUAUGAUGUCAGGAAUAAGAGGAAGAUUAUCCUCAAGAAGCAUAAGCGUGUUGCACCCGAAUUCAACUCUUUGGAAAGCUACCUGAAGAAACUCGAAGUGCAAACUGUAGCAGGUGUCUACGCUCAAGAGUUCAACUGGGACAAAACCAAAGGUCCAGCAACAACAGAAGUGGUCUUUUCACCUGUUGAUGUGGUUCAGCACAGUGGAAACGAGUUCUACUUGUGGGAGGUACCGAUUUCGGGCAAAAUAGAGAAAUUCAGCACCAACUGUGGCGUUGUUAUAAGCUCACCUCAUAACGAUGUUCUACAAGCGUACAGUCAUUUCACUUGGGUAAAGUCCGGAAAGACUCUGGUUGUAUGUGAUCUGGAAGGUGCGGUACAAGGCAGCUGCAUAACUCUCACUGACCCAGCUAUUCAUUCUUGUGGACCUGCUGGUGUGUAUGGACACACUGAUGCUGGUUAUGGGGGGAUUCAACAGUUCUUCUCGACCCACGUCUGUGAGAGUACAUGCAGGAGAAUGGGACUCCAAGACCAAAAACUGUAAACUUUAGGCCUAUAAUAAUUAUUGCAUGCUAGCUAGUAUGGUGGGCCCUGCAUGCCACUGACUGUGAGUUUAGCUAUUAGCUUUUUUGUUUUCCAUAAAUCUUCUAGUUAUUAUCA